UUAAGUCUUGUUGCUCUGUUUUGAAUGCACACCACAAAUCAUAAUUCUUAGCUAUUGGUCUUUCUCAUAAUGAGCAAUUACUUUCUGAAAAUGCUGUUUGCAAUGUUAGUUUGCAUUUGGCAUACUAAACAAUCCAUUCAUGGAUUCAGCUCUCCAUCACAUGUGAAAUGCAUUGAGAAAGAAAGACAAGCACUCCUCAGCUUCAAACAAGGACUUCGAGAUGAGUUUGGCAUUCUGUCUACGUGGAGGGAAGAUGAAGAUAAGAGAGAUUGUUGCACAUGGAAAGGCAUUCAGUGCAACGAUGAAACAGGUCACGUACACAUGCUUCAACUCCCUGGUCAGUAUCAUCGAUAUUUGACAGGUACAAUCAAUAUCACUUCAUUGAUUCACCUACAAAAUAUUGAACACGUGGAUCUCAGCCAUAAUGAUUUUAAAUGGAGUUUCGGUGAUGAGCAACUCAUGGGCUCCUUCACCAACUUAAGGUAUCUCAAUUUAUCAUCGUUGGGUUUCUCAUAUGGGAGGAUUCCAUAUGAAAUGGGGAAUCUCUCAAAGUUAGAGUAUCUUGAUCUAAGUGCCAAUGAAAUAGAUGGGCAAGUGCCUUCUCAACUUGGAAAUCUCUCAAAGUUGAAGUAUCUUGAUCUUUGGGGAAAUUCAUUUUCUGGAGCAAUCCCUUUUCAAGUUGGGAAUCUUCCUAUCUUGCACACUCUUAGACUUGGCGGUAAUUUUGAUCUUAAAAUUAUCGAUGCAAAGUGGCUAUCUUCUCUCUCUUCAUUAACAACUCUUGGCCUGGAAGCAUUUUAUGAUCUUGGCUCCUCUCAUUCUUGGAAACAAAUUAUCCGUGAGACUAUUCCAAACUUAACAGAAUUAAAGCUAGUUUAUUGUAGUCUUACAGAUGAGGAUAUUUCAUUUUUGUUUCCUUCUCAUUCCAACCUUUCCACUUCUCUUUCCAUCCUUGACCUCUCUGAUAAUAUGCUCACAUCAUCAACAUUUCAAUUGUUGUUCAACUAUAGCCUUAAUCUCCGAGAACUAUAUCUUUCUGGUAAUGAUAUUGUUUUGUUAUCUUCUUUCUAUCCAAACUUUCCCUCGCUAGUUAUCCUUGAUCUCUCUGGAAAUAAUCUGACAUCGUUAAUAUUUCAAGGAUUUUUCAACUUCAGCUCCAAACUACGAGAACUUUAUCUAGAUAGUUGCCGUCUUACUGAUAAAAGUUUUCUUGUGUCAUCUGCUUCCAAUAAAAAUUCUUCAUCUUCUCUUGUCACCCUUGUGCUUUCCCAUAAUUCACUGAAAUCAUCCGCUAUAUUUGACUGGAUUUUCAACUUUACCACCAAUCUUCAUAGCCUUCACCUUGAUGAAAACUGGUUAGAAGGUCUCAUUCCAGAUGGAUUUGGGAAAGUAAUGAAGUCUCUUGAAGUUCUUGUCCUUGACUCUAACAAACUGCAAGGUGAGAUUCCAGCUUCUCUUUGGAAUAUAUUCACAUUGCAGGAAUUGUACCUAAAAAAGAACUACUUGAGCGGAGAAAUUUCUAACAUCAUUCAAAAUUCUUCACAGUGCAACAGACAUGUAUUUCAGACUCUCGAUCUAUCAUAUAACCAGAUUACUGGAAUGCUACCUAAUCUUUCAAAUUUUACAUCUUUGAGGAUGUUAGAUCUUUCCUAUAACCAGUUUAGCGGAGAAAUACCAAAAAGCAUUGGGUUGCUUUAUCAGUUGGAGUACCUUCACCUAGAGGGGAAUCAUUUGGAAGGUGAUAUCAAUGAAUUGCGUCUCACAAAUUUGUCUAAAUUGCAGGUGUUAGACUUAACAGACAACUCUUUGUCUCUAAAGUUUGCUUCUUCCUGGGUUCCACCUUUCCAAUUAUUUAGUUUGGGACUAGCUUCUUGCAAAUUGGGUCCUACUUUUCCAAGUUGGCUCCACACUCAAAGGCACUUAAGCUUUCUAGAUAUUUCUGAUGCUGGGAUUGAUGACUUUAUACCAGAGUGGUUUUGGAGCAAGUUACAGUCUAUAUUAUGGCUGAAUAUGUCUUGCAACAGUCUCAAAGGUACAAUUCCGAAUUUGCCAAUCAAGCUUACUGAUGAUUAUAAUGCUAUAAUUCUAGGAUCAAAUCAACUUGAAGGUGAAAUUCCAACUUUUUUAUCACAAGCUUACGCAUUGGAUCUUUCCAAAAACAAGAUUUCGGAUUUCAAUUCAUUCUUGUGCAUGGAAAGCGCAACCACAAAAAUGCAUACUUUAAUUUUAUCAAAUAAUCAAAUAACGGGACAACUGCCCAACUGUUGGAAACAUCUAAAAAAUUCACUAGAAUAUCUUGAUGUAAGCAAUAAUAAAUUGUCAGGGAAGAUUCCAAAGUCCAUGGGUACUCUUGUUCAUUUGCAAGCUUUAGUCUUACGAAACAACAACUUAACCGGAGGCCUACCAUUCACAUUGAAGAACUGCACUCAUUUAGUCAUAUUAGAUGUGAGUGAAAACUUUUUGUUUGGUCCAAUACCCUUGUGGAUAGGAGAAAAUCUUCCAGAAUUGAAAAUCUUGAGCUUGAGAGUAAAUCGCUUCUUCAGAAGUGUUCCUGAAAACCUAUGUUAUUUGAGCCAAAUUCAUUUCUUGGACCUUUCAAGGAAUAAUUUGUCGGGAGGAAUUCCUGCAUGUCUGGGGAAUUUUACUGCAAUGAUGGAAAGGGAAAUAACAACAAGUGGAAUUGUAAAGGAUCGAAAAAUAACAUCUACAGAGAUAUAUACUUCUAUUUACGACUCUAACGUGUUAUUGACGUGGAAAAGUCAGGAUUAUGUGUUUUGGAAUCCCGACAUUCUUUUAAAAAGCAUUGAUCUCUCGAGUAAUGAUUUAACAGGUACAAUACCCAAAGAGAUUGGAUAUUUAUUUGGAUUGGUUUCUUUGAAUCUAUCAAGAAACAAAUUAGAUGGAGAAAUUCCUACCGAGAUCGGGAAUUUAAGUUGGCUAGAUUUUCUAGACUUGUCAAGAAACGAAUUCUUUGGCAAAAUUCCAUUUACUCUUUCCAAAAUUGAUAGGCUUGGUGUGUUAGACUUGUCAAACAAUGAUCUCAGUGGAAGAAUCCCAUGGGAAGGACAAUUGGAAACAUUUGAGGCCUCUAGUUUUGAAGGAAAUCUUGAGCUUUGUGGUAAACCACUCAACAAAAGCUGCCCUGGAGACAAGACAACAGCAAAACCUCAAGAACCAGCAGUGCAUGGUGAAGAAGAUAAAUCAGUUUUCAAUGAAGCAUUAUACAUGAGUUUGGGGUUAGGAUUCUUUGCAGGCUUUUGGGGAUUAUUAGGGCCAAUAAUACUUUGGAAACCAUGGAGAAUUGCUUAUCUGAGAUUCUUAAACAGAGUGACAGACUCUAUACUUGUAAGAGUUGAACUGAAUAUAGCCAAGUGCUGUAGAUGACUCGAAAGCUAGCACUAGCAGCAGGUUAGCUUCAAUUUGGGAUGAAAGCUUCAAGGAUUGUUAGAUGUGUAAGAUAUGUAGUAUUGAGGUUUACAAUGUAAUGUAAUGUAAAAUUGCUGUUUCAAGAAACUUGCAGAUUUGAUUGUCUUUUGUUGUAUAUAAUCUAUUUGUAAUGUAAUGUUAUUUUAUUUUAUU